AAGCCCGAACAGCAAACGGCCACAUCAUCCACUCACGCCGGAAUAUUCUGUCGUCACUUCAGAGCUUUGGAUUUUCCCGAAAACUAUAUAAACCCCUUCCUCUCUCUCUCGAUCGCCCAUGUCUCAGCCCUAGAACGCCCCAAUCCCUUCUCUUUCUCUUUCUUUCCCUUGAUCUCUUGCCCCAAUCUCUAGCUCUUGGAUUAUCUGCGUGUAAUUCAAUGUUGAGGGCUUGGAGAUCCAUGGAUUCAGGCGGAGAUGGAGGAGCUCGAUCGGAUUUUGGUGGCUGAUCGAUGAGAGAGACUCUGGAUCGGAGCAUUUAGGGCUUUUUCAUCCUCCUUGGAAGGGUAUGGAUGCUGUGGAGUUGCCUUUGACUGCGUCUGUUGGAGUUUCGAAGCUGCUGUCGCCAACGCCUGAUGGGUUCCCUAGGGUUAGGGAAUCGGAGAAGGGCCCGGGUUCCUCGGUUUUUGGCACCCAUAGGCCCUCUGGUUGCGGAUCUUAUCAUAAAGCUCCAGAGUAUAGCUCCAUUUCCAGAAACAAAAGAUCUGAUGCAGAUUUCAAUAAACAUGACAAGCUUCCAAGUUUCAGAUGUGUGGAGAAUGAUAGUAAAAGGCAUCAUCCUGGAGAGACAGAUAGGCCUGAGAAGGUACCCCUUGAUAAUGAUGGUAAACAGUCAAACAGGAAAACUAUUAAGAAUCCAAGUAUUCUCCCUUGCUCUAAGCGAUUAAGAACAGAUCAACCAGAGCAUUCCUCUAAAACAAUUGUUUCUGAUGCCUGUGAUGAUACUUCCAUCAAAAUGGGCCUUGACCUCAUAAGAUGCAACUAUACAGAGAGAUCACGGAUGACCAAGCCAAAGCGUUGUCUGGAUACCAAGAGAACUGAGAAGAAGAACUUGAGGGCAUGUGGGAGGUUGAAAUACGAGGCUGGUUUAGUCGGCUCAGAUUUGACUUGUGGAGCCAACAAUAUACAUGGACUGUAUGGUCUGAAGUCAGACCCUCAUGAUGUUGUUGAACUUGUGGAUGAGGUGUCCUUGAGCGAACUUCUUGAUGGAAGUUACACCUAUCCCAAGUUAUGCCCAGAUAAAGGGAAGAAAACUGGAAACUCCAGUGAAAGUAUUCUAGUCUCUGUUAGAAAGGCUUGUAGUAUACUUAUGCCCCAUAGUUCAGUUGAUAGCGGUGGCAGUAGAAAAGCUUCCACAAGCAUUAUCAACCUUAAUGAGUGCUCAGGGAGAAUGUCUGAUUCUGACAGCAUGCUCAAAACCAUUGAAGAAUCAGAACCAAGCAAGGCUAUUCUUAAGGGGGAGAAUCUUGGUCAAGUAAACUCGAAAGGCCCUUUGUCAUCCCAAGGAGAUCCUGGAUCGUUUGGCACUUUCUCCUAUCCAUACCCUUGAUGCUCUUUUGUUGGAUUCAAACAUGCCCUCAUUUUCCUUGCAGUCUGCUACACAUAUGACAACUCUUCGGAGUGAUAGCUUGCCCCCUUUCUCGUGGUCAGUUGGUCAUAAUGGAGUCUUCAAAACUAGUACUGACUCAAAAUUAUCCUCAACAAGGAUCACGUGCCAAGGUAGAUGGCUUCGACUAUGGAACAAUUCUCCUUCCAUUAAAGAUUGCUGUUUUCCAUUAGUGUCAGAUGCUGGGAAAUGUGAUAAUGGGGAAAAACAAUCAGACCGGAACAGGCAAAAUGAUAGAUGAUCUUGUGCAAUAUGUAAAUGCGUUGUCUCCAUCUAUUAAUCCUUCUGAAGACACAUUACAUACUUCCUAUGAUCCAGAGGAAGCCAAACUCUCAAUAUCCCCACCUCAAAUGGACCAUCUGGUGCUCUGGAGCCAUGUAACUCUUUGAAGCACAGUUUGAUGCAGGAACAUGCAGAGGCUUCAGGAUCACAAUUUGCUGAAGGAGAUUUUAGGUGUCAAGAAAAACUAACAAACUUUGAUGGUCCUUUUGAAAGUGAAAUAAGAUAUGUGGGGAAUGUUGCUGGCCAUAAAGAUCCUAUCGCUUGUAGCUCGAAGGGAUUCUCAGAUAAUUGCUACCCUUGUAAAAGCUCUGGUGUGGACUGCAGCCAAAACUCAUGGUGUUCGUCUAUUUCAGAGGGGUUUCAAUCAGGUGACAAUUUGGGUAUUCUCCAAGGGCUGUGGCUGCUGCUGAGAUACUCUGUGAGAUGGCUAACUGUUUCAGUGCCAUCAGGAUAGGAGACCCAGGCAAUAAUAAUUUCAAGUGGCCAAAGGCUCCUUCACAGAAGACCAUGAAAGCUCGCAAGUCUAUGUUUCCCACAGGGAAAACAGAUGAACCAUUUCUUGCAACUAGACACAACGAUCCGAUUAGAAGUGCAGGUGUACCAUCCACCAGACAUAAGCUUGUUGGUGAAAAGAAUUCCAACCUCAUCGACAGCACUUCUAGAAGUCCUGUGAGAUGGUCAGUUUCCGCAGAUGGUGCAUCCUCCGGCAAACCUGAAAGAGAGAUCCCAAUCAGCCGGAAGCCUUUGCUCGGCAGUUCAGUACGACCAUUAGGUCUGUCAGUACGUUCUCCGACAAGAUUUGAGAGAGACGGUGAGAGUAAGCAGAAAUUAAGGAGCUUUGGAGGGAUUUUUAUCAAGGAUUGGAGCCGGGGGAGUAAGAGAUUCUGAUUGUAUAUUAUUGUUUCAGCUUAAAAGGCCAUACCAAACAAAAUCAGUUGCUUAAUUAUCAUAAUUCAGUUUUUAUUAAUGGCAAAAACAGAUGGUUUAUGAUUGCAUUUGCCAUCAGCUGUCCUGAUUAACUGGCAAUCUACCUGGAAAGCUUAGGUUUUCUUUGUUUGUAUGUGUUUAAUCAUGCAGCAGUUGGGGUUAUGUGCAAGUUUGUAGUAGCUCUUUUUCCUCUC